CUUCAUUAUAUAAUCCCUUGGCAUCACUUGAGCAGUUGGAAACAACUGUAUCAAGACGCGAUGGUGUGAGUGAAGAUUUGGAAGAAGAUUUACGUAAUUUAGGAGCUGAAUUAAUUCAAAGUGCAGGCAUCUUGUUAAAAUUGUAAAACUUGUAAAUGCUUUAAUUGAGACAUCUUGCUCAUUUAUAUAUAUAUAUAUGUAUAUUAUAUGAACAUGUAGACCUCAGGUUGCUAUGGCUACAGCUCAAGUUUUGUUUCAACGAUUCUUUUAUAUGGCAAGUUUGAAAGAAUUUGGCAUCGUGGAAAUUGGUAUGGGUGCAUUAUUUCUUGCUGCAAAAUUAGAAGAAUGCUCUGUUCGAAUGACACAUUUAAUUACUGUUUAUGACUUAUUAAUACGUAAAAUGAAAGGACAGCCCAUUAAUAUCCCUUUGGAUGCUUUUUCGCAAAAAGCAUAUAAUAUGAAGAACAUGGCUAGUACAGCAGAAAUGCAAAUAUUAAGAAAGUUAGGAUUUAUUGUCCAUGUUCAAUUACCGUAUAACUUGAUGAUCAAUUACUUGAGAAUUUUAGGGUUAGAAGAUGAUGAAGUUAUAUCUAGGAAAGCAUGGAAUUAUUUAAAUGAUGGGUUAAGAACAAAUAUUUAUGUAACUUAUGAGCCUCCUACAAUUGCCUGCGCAGCUAUUUGGUUAGCAUGUAGAGAAGAAGGUGUUAAAUUACCAUGUCAAAUUGGAAAAGAAUGGUGGCUAUUAUUUGAUGUGGACUUUGUUAAUGUUAAAAACGCUGCAGCACAUAUUCGACGUUUAUAUUAUAAAAAAUUAGAUAGAGCUAAUCUACCACUCUAUAAAGUUACAUAAAAGAAAGAAAAAAAAAAGUUGAUUUUAUUAUAUGUUAAAGGAUAAAAAAAAAAGGGAAUUUCUUUUUAAUGUGUUAUUCUAU